UCCGUGUAUACGAUUUGAAAUAUUGUGAAAGAACUUCGAUAUUUUGUGCGAUUUCUGAUCAUUUUCGCCCAAUAAAGUUAACUCAUGGUUUUAUUAAACUGAGGAGUUCAUCGAUCAUCAAAAGAUUGCUUUUGGGGUUGACGAGAAUGGAGUGUAUAACAUUGUACAUCACAUGUUUUUUGUUUCUGUUACCAUCAGUGGUUACUGCUGCUGAAGAUUUGAAACCCGAAAUGAUCACAACUGAGAACAAUGACUACUUUGGCUAUCUAGAUGAGUUCAAAGGCUUCCAAUGCCAAGCGAAAGGAACUAAUUUGAAGUAUAGUUGGAAGCACAAUGACAUUACCAUAGAUGCUAGUUAUAUAUUAAAGUUUCCUGAUACAAACAGUUCAACUUUGAAGCCACUGCAAGACAAUAUUGAUGAGUCCUACAAUGGAUUUUAUCAAUGUUUUGUAACAAAUAGUAUUGGCACAAUCUUCGGACGAAGGACAACAGUGGAGUUUACAAUUGUUGGUGAAUUUCUGCUAAGUCAUAAGACUACACCGAAGACUUUGACAGCAGCUGUUGGAAAAUCAUUUAAGUUAGACUGUCCUAAACAUGAAAAAAGCCAUAAUACCAAGUAUAAUUGGUACUAUAAGCAAGCUGAUACUCCACAACCAUUACCAUCAAGUAACAAUUACUUUGUUACAAAAGACGGUGAAUUGUAUUUCUCAGUUCUUCGAAAGGAAGAUAUUAAGUUUGUUAAUGACAAUGGUGGCAUAUAUUGUUAUCAAUAUGCAAAUCCAGAAAACAGCAAUAUCAGAGCUACAGAAAGCCAGAUUAUUAAACUUGAGGAAGGAGGAAGUGGAAGUGGAACUUUUAUAGAGAAAAAGCCUGAAAUCAAGACCACAAUAUCUGAUCAAACUAUUUUUAUCGGACAAACAAAGCCAUUGGUUUUAAGAUGUGGGGCUACUGGAUAUCCUAUCCCAACAUUGAAGUGGUACAGAAUUGACCCUGUCUCCAGUGCCGAAACAGAGAUAAAGGGUGACAGUGAUUUUAGACUUCUACGCUAUAACCAGUUGCUGUCUAUUGGGAAUGUUGGACCAGAUAAAGCGGGACAGUACAAAUGUGUGGCCAAAAACAGUAAAGGAAAAGAUGAAAUUAGUGCUAGUGUGACAGUGGCAGAAUAUCCGCAGUGGAUGUCGGAGGGUGAACUACAGGAUAUUAACCCGCCUUUAUACGACAGUGUGAAGUGGCGAUGUGCUGCGUUUGGUGGACCUAGUUACCAUUGGUACAAGAACGGAGUUGAAAUAACUGAAGCCUCAACACAGAAUAGUCCAUCGUACUUGGUUAUUAAAAACGUCACUACGGCACAUAAUGGAAUGUACCAAUGUACUGCUAGUAACGAGAGGGAAGUGAUAUACUCCGCAGGACGGCUACAAGUAAAAGAGAUGAAACCCAGAUUCACCGAGCAAAUGGGACCAGUUAUCCUUAUCAUGAACAGAACUGGUAUCGUCAUAUGCCCAGUUAUCGCCUCGCCCUCACCUCGCAUCACCUGGAGAAAAAAUGGUCACUCAAUUCUCAAAGUCGGCAGAAAAGAUCCUAACAACGAUAAACGUCUCCGUGUCAGCAAAAACGGACGUGAUCUCUUAAUUCCAGAUGUCAAAGAGACUGACGCUGGCACAUACACUUGUUAUGCUGAAAAUAAAAAGGGUCAUGCUGAAAGUCACAGUAUAGCUACCGUUGGAAAGGAUAUCGAGUGGGUGAACGCACCAAUAUCCAACCGAAACGUCACAGUCACACUGCGUUUUGAACUUGAUUGCGAGGCCAGUGGUGAUGAAAGUUAUGAGAUCAAUUAUCGAUGGCUACGUAAUGGCUUGCCGUUAGAGUUGAGUGCUCGUAUACACUGGGUUAAAGAAGCGCACAGAUUGGUUAUAUUGGAUGCUAUAGUAUCGGAUACAGGGUUGUACACAUGUAUCGCCUCGGCUGAGACACCGCUGUACAUUGAGAAGAGAAAAGAUGCUGAUGUUGUAGUUAAAGCACCAGCCGACCCCCCUGAUAUUGUACGGGUGUCUGGAGACUGUUGGAAGAAAAAGGCAGAUCUGGUCUGGCAGGUUGGAGCUCUCAACAACGAAGAGAUUUACGAGUAUUGGAUUGACUGGGCAUCUACCUAUGACCCUACUAACUGGACAAGACUGCCCAAAGUACUCGAAGAAGAUCCAAAGCCUGUUGCUCUCGAUUUCAAUCUUUUGCCACCAUUUUCGCAGAUUUCAUUCCGUGUGACUGUGUUUAAUCGUAUUGGAGCAGGAGUGCCCAGCGUUCCAACUGAUCCAUCUGAUUGUAUCACACCACCAUCUGCUCCUCGACACUCCCCAUCCUCAAUAAAAGGUAUCCCUGGUGGGCCCAAUACUCUGAGAUUGGAGUGGACGCCUGUACCACAGACCUUCUGGGGCGCCCCAGCCUUCAACUACAGCGUACAAUGGCGUCGCAAGGGGGGUGAUACUGGUCCAAACCGUUGGCGUUUCCUUCCAUUAUCUCAGGACAUUCGUAUUUAUGACGGAAACAACAAUUCUCUGACUGUAACGAAUCCCGGGUAUUAUGUAGAAUGGGAGUUCAGAAUCAGGUCAAAUAAUGCCAAAGGUAGUGCACCAUACUGGACAACUGGUUCAAGCUUCUCAGGCCAAGACGCUCCUGACGCUGAACCAACAGGUUUAACCCCAGACAGAGCGACGGCGAGAUCUGCUGACAUCAGCUGGCAAAGAGUUUCUGCGCCGAAGAAUGGUAGUAUCGAAGGAUAUAAGGUUCAGUAUUGGCAUAGCAGCAUUGGAAUGGCCGUGGCGUAUGAUAAAAACGCCAAUAAUAGCCACAUUGACCUGGCAACAAUCGAAGAAUUGGAAAUAAAACCCGAAGACCAAUCUCGUAAAAAACGUGAAGUGAGCGUGAACUUGCCAAGAGAGGUUGUGAAACGUUCUGCGGAUAAACCAACUGCGGAUAAACCAAACGUAGCAGGACCUCUUACAAAACGCGAUAUAAAAACAUCGAUUGUCGCACGAUAUCUCAAGAACAAGGGACAUCAGGUGAGCAAACGUGACACUAAAGCCCAGAACGUGCCAAGAAGUCGUACAAAACGCGAAGACGAAGAUGAAGACGUGGAAAAGGAGGAUCCCUUGGAUCUCUGUUUCAAUCCAGAUGAACCAUGUUACCAAAAUGCUGCGGAACGGGAGUCCCAGCUCACAGACCUUACCCCCUACAAAACGUAUCAUGUGCGCAUAGCGGCGUACAAUAGCGGGGGUCUGGGACCGUGGUCUAAAGAGUUAAUAUUCAACACAGCAGAGGGACCACCCGGUGCACCCUACGCUGUUUUGACGUUCCCUUACGAUAAAUUCUGCAAGCUAACUUGGAAGGAACCACGACAUAAGAAUGGAAAAAUUUUGGAAUACGAAAUCUACGGGAGAAAUAUUAUUCGCACUAAGGUCCCGUGGUGGAUGAGACGUCAUAUUAUUUAUGAUUUAAAGCCGGCUCAUAUGUAUGAAGCAAAGAUAAAAGCGAGAACUAGUAGUGGCUGGGGUAGUCCUGUGUUUAGAUGGUUUCAAACACAUGAAAAUGCAGAGCUUCCUGCGAAACCCUUGGCACCUGAGGUGGUUGGAUACGGCGAAGAUGGUGUGAAUGUAACUUUCAUGGAACCAAAACCUAUAUUUCUCAGAAAGUAUGGAGGAGGUAGUGAUAUGGACGAAGACCCAUGGGAGUUCCGCCCUGUUGGAGGUCAUGAGAUGGAACAGCAAGGCGUCGGUGGAUACCCAGCAAAGUUUUAUGUUUUAUACCGUCGGCGUAAUACGAAAGAGAAACCCCUGAAGACUUUGAUGAAACAGAUGUGGGGACCUCGCGAUCAGACCUGGAUCGUUAUUGAAAAGCUUCAUCCAGAUACAGUUUAUGAGUUUGCUACCGUGCCUGUUAAUGACAUGGGCGAAGGACCGCAAAGUGACUGGUCAGUGGGACUAACUGGUGGUAUUGUGCCCAGAGUUGAAAAACUCUACUGGUAUCAACGCGACUGGUUUGUUGCGUUAAUCGUUGUAUUUUUCGCCGCUCUGUUGUUGCUGGGAAUCAUAGUUGUUUCCACAAUGCAUCUCAAGAGUAUCUAUUAUGAAGGGGCGCCAAAACGUCGCAAAGACCGCGAAAGGGAAAGAAUCUACGAACCUGAAGAUGUUGAUGGUGGAUUUAAUGAAUUUACUCUCAAAUCUGCGCGAAGUUCUAGAUCUGUAGUGACUAGCCGUAGUGAAGCCCCGCCACCAUAUAACUCAAUCGUGGGUGGUUCAAGCAGACAUUCAGGUGAUUUCGAUGAUGACGAAGAUGAUACGGACAGUGACGAUGAGAAACACGAAGUCAGCACGUACUACUCCGACGAAAAGAAGGUGCCCUUGGAUGAUGACUUUGAUGAUGACGAUGAUGAAGGCAAUGGAUUAGCUACAUUCGUGUGAGACGGGGGAGAAGUGUAUUUGGUAGCAGGCUGUGAUGUUGUUUUUUUCUUAUUUUCAUAUCUGUAUAUUAUCAUUAUGUUCAAUUUUGCAUGUGCUUUCUUAUAAGGAAUAUUUGUAGCAGGUAGAAGUAAAUAUUUUUUUAAAUCGCUUUAGAUGGUAAAUGUAUCUACGCGGUGCAUUGUUUAACACGAUGCAAGUUUAACAUGCAGGGAUAGUAUAUAUAGUUUAAAAGUGUUAUCGCUGCCGUAAAUUGGCCCACAUUCAACAAUAUAUGGUAUAUAACUGUAAUCCACGACACCCAUAAUAAUCCAUCUGGAGUAAUGUAAAUUUGAGCCUGGUCAAGCUCAAACUAGGAUGCUUACCAUAAAGGUUCCCAGCGAUCUAUAGCGGGAAGGUACAAUGAUUAUUAACAUCACAAGUGCAGGAGGUAAAAAAAUACCUGUAAGAUGAUGUCUAAAGCGUUUCUAAUAGUAAAGCAGAUUGAAGAAUUUCCAGGUUUACGAGACCUUGUCGUCAUUUUCUGUUUGAUUUUUUUUGUCACACGAUUCAAAAUAUACGUACCAUAUAUUUGUAGAAUAAAAUGAUUUAUUGUCAUCUACAAUGCUAUACAUGCUGUAAUAUAAUCUUUAAUCAUUAGUUUUUGCUAAUAAAAAUUGUGCAUGCGCUUUCAA